CUGGCGGGAGGCUGGAGUCGAUCCAGAUGUCGGCUGUGUCAGUGUGUAUAAGUGUUCUGAAAGAAGAUGACUCAUCUGAAGGUUGGAGUACGAGUGCGGCCACUCUCUCGGAGAGAGUUUGAGGGCAAUUCCUCUACGAUUUUGGAAGUUGAGAACGAUGGGAAAACUGUGGCCGUGACGAAUAUCAAGGUACUCGAACAGAAUGCCGGCGACAGUCGCAAGCGCAUCAGAAGAUUCACCUUCGACUUCUGCUUGCAUGAGAAUUCCACACAGGAUGAUGUGUUCCAGGCUGUUGAAAAUGUCAUCAGUAAAGCGAUCAAAAGGAGAAAUCACUCAUGCGUUUUGGCGUAUGGACAAAGUUCGUCCGGAAAGACGCAUACCAUGAUGGGGUUUCCGCAUGAUCCAGGGGUUACGCCAAAAUUGUGUCAAAAGGUAUUCGACUAUUUGCAAGAAAGUGCUGUGGGGAAUGAAAUGGACAAGACAAAAGUAACUUGCAGUUAUUUAGAGAUAUACAAUGAGAAAGUAAGGGAUUUGCUGCAUAAGGAUGACACGUGCGCACUGAGGAUAAGGCAACAUCCGAAGAAAGGACCUUACGUACAAGGCUUGUCUUCGCACCCAGCACUGGAUUCCAGCACUCUUCUUCGCCUCCUCAGUACAGGCAACAGCAACCGUCGUGUGGGUGCCACCCUUACCAACCCUCAAUCCAGUCGCAGCCACUCUGUCUUCAUUAUACAAUUCGACGAAAUCAAACUCACCCUCGUCGAUUUAGCCGGAAGUGAACGGACCGGAAACAGGUGCUACAACGCUUCCCGUUUCCGAGAGGGUGCUAACAUCAACAAGAGUUUAGUGGCCUUGGGUAACGUCAUCUCGGCCUUGGCCGAAGACACGGCCAAGAACUCCAAGGGGAUCAGAAGGAGGUUUAUUCCGUUCAGGGAUUCGGUGCUGACAUGGCUAUUAAAAGACACAUUGGGAGGAAACUCCGACACUGUGAUGAUUGCGACUAUUUCUCCAUCCAGCGAGUGCUAUAGUGAGACGGUGAAUACUUUGAGGUUUGGGCAACGGGCCAAGCUAAUUGUGUCCAUUCCAGUCGUUAAUGAAGACCCGAAAGAGAAGACCAUCAGGGAAUUAAGAGCUGAAAUUGCAAGACUUAGGGAGCUGCUCAGCUUAGGUCAGUUCCAGAAGCCAAUGUCUAACGAUAAUUUCAACACCACCGAGAAACUCAUCCCUGUGAUGAGUUUCACUGACUCGAACAAACCCGAACCAUCCCGUCUUCGACGCACAUCCAGCAUCGAUCAUCCCCUCAAAAAACCCAUAGUACCCACUCGCAAAUACGGCUCGGAAGAAGCUUUACGAAAAAUCAAACCAACCAAAAAUGAUAAGGGUAUAGUCUCAGAAACCAAACCUAAAGUCGAGGCUAAAGUCGAUUCAAUCCGAAGAACUUCAAUCAAACCACGAUCCCAAAUCGUGGCCGCGGUCACUCAUCGACUUUACGCCAAAACCAAGAAAAAAGAGGUUGCUACUGAUACUUUUGAUCUACCUACAGGACCGCCAAAAGAGUUAAGUAUUUGUUCGAAUGCUCGUCUUCAGUUAAAAGAACUGACAAGAAGAGCACUCAAAGCACACAAAUUUCGAAAUGAGGAGACACAAACUGAACUUUUCCCCGUUUUGAGAGUCAAAGAAACAUCAACUGAUGUCGACGAUUUGAAAUCUUUGUUGUACGAAGUACGAGAUGUUGAAACUUCAACUGAAGCUUUACCGAUGGAGGACAAAGGAGUCAGUUGUGCGUUUCUUGACAGUUUGCAAAAUGCGUUUAUUGUGACGAGAAGUUGCGGUACUCAAGCCCAAUCUCAAUCGAGUGUUUCUUUCACAAAAUAUUUACAAGAUCCACCAAAAAUGGAAAUAUUUAAUCCUCACACUGCCAAUCCAAUUUACACUUCUUCAGUCAAUAUUAACAUUUCGCACAAUUAUAUUAACGGACGGAAAAUUCUCGAAAGUGUCUCUGAUGAUAGUUUGGAUGACCAAUCAAAUGUUUGUUUUCCAACUCCCGAUUUAAUCAGCAACCACAACUCGUUAGAGCCUUCGAAAGAGACUCUCGAAAGUAAACUGCGUCAUGCAUCUUGUAACAUUCUCGAACAAGAAGAAGGUCUAGUAUUUGAUUUAGUACAAGACAACUCUCAAAGUUUUGUUGCCAACACUUCUACGAUUCCAAUGUGUCAAGAACGUGUCAGUUAUGUUAACAUUCCGAGUAUUAAUGCACCACAGGUUUGUUACCAAGAGGAGACUCUCCACAGAUGCGAGGUCUUUACUCCAGAAGUGCCAGAGAUGGCCAAACCUAAUGUAAUUCAUUCUAAAUGCUACAAUGACGAUUGUAUAACAUUAAUUGAGCCUUUGGUACUGAAAUCAAUUAUGAAACACAUCCCAGAGGGGAGCGUGGAACCAGAGGAACUUCCAGAUUCACUGGAGUAUCAUAUGGCAAACUCAAAGAAAGUCCAUUUUAAUAAAUCUGGAACUUGUCGAAAUGAACGAAUGAUGAAAGCCAUGUCAGAUUUUUUGGAAGAAGCCACAAUUCUGAUGAACAAUUUGUCAAAAACUGCGACACAUGUUCAGGAACAGGAACGUGAAUACGACGUUCAUGUCUCUAUUAAUGGUUUAGUGGAACAAAAACGGAGGAGAAAAAGACGAGUUUUCAAAAAUGUUAAAUGUCAAACUGAAGAGGUACCAACAAAAUCGAACUGCAUUCAAACUGAAGAUGAUUUGGAACUUACCAACAAGUAUGAGUUACUGUUGGAAGAUUCUUGUCGUAGAUUAGAAGAAAAAAUUGCUGCUGCUACUGACGAAAACAUUUACAAUCCUUGGGAUUUUUAUCAUCAUGAAGAUACAAGUUUAGAAAGCAAUUCUGUCACUUUCUCAGACUACGGAAGUUUGCCCAGACGCACGAAGAGACACUCUUCUUGUACCCCCAGUGCGUAUUUAAGACAGCUGGCGAGUAUGAGACGCCAAGUGGUUGAAGCCUCGCGUGAGGAACUUUCUAAUCAUAGCGAUAGUGUAUUGUAACAAUAAUAUUGGGUAAUUGUAUGAAUUUUUAUUACCAUAUUUAUACAUUUUUUAUUUAUUUAUUAAUAAAUAAUCAUGAGGUUUCUAUUUUACAAAAA